CCAUUGGGUGCCAUCGGGACUUGUAUCCACCGGCCACCGCCGCUACCCGCUCCAUAUCAACCUCAGCCAGUGCCGGCUACCAGUCGCGCCCAAUUCAAAACACCACCUUCAUGCAUUUUCCCCACGCCGUUUGAGCCGAUCCCUCUCCUCCCACGCGCGCUCACGGCAGCAGACCCAAAACGCGCGCUCAUCGCUCAUCGCUCAUCUCACCCCACUCUCAGUACAGUAACGUACGUACGGCGCACAAGCUAUCUAUCUGCACGUAGUACGUACGUCCGCACCAGCUCCAGCUGCCGCGGAACCCGAAAGAACCCAUGGCCAUGCUCGUGCUGGCGCUGCUGCCCCUGCUCGCCGCGUCCGCGUCCGCGGCGGGCGGCUGCGCGGCCGAGGCGCCGCUGCCGUCGCCCAACGGAAACGCCUACGCGGCCUGCAGCGACCUGCCCCGCCUCGGCGCGACGGUGCGCUGGACCUACGACCGCGCCGCGGGGUCCCUCUCCGUCGCCUUCGUCGCCGCGCCGGCCGCCCCGGGCGGGUGGGUGGCGUGGGGGCUCAACCCGUCCGGCGAAGGCAUGGCCGGCGCGCAGGCGCUCCUCGCCGCGCCUUCUUCCUCGUCGGGCGCGUGGGCCGUCCGGACGUACAACAUCUCCGGCUACGCUCUCGGCGCGCCCGGACCCAUCGCUUUCCCGGCGACGGGCCUCGCCGCGGAGCUCGGCGCCGACGGCCGCGUCAGGGUCUCCGGGACGCUGGGCGUCGGCCAGGGCGCGGCCGUCCUGAACCAGGUGUGGCAGGUCGGGUCCGCGGUCUCCGGGGACGGCGUUCCCGCGCCGCACGCCAUGGGCGGCGACAACCUGGCCGCCAAGGCGAAGCUUGAUCUGGUCAGGCAGACCAGCACCUCCUCCGACUCCGGCGGCGGCGGCCUCGCCAGAGAGCGCAAUAUCCAUGGCGUGCUCAACGCCGUGAGCUGGGGCCUGCUGCUGCCCAUGGGAGCCAUCUUCGCGAGGUACCUCAAGACGUUCAGGUCGGCGGAGCCGGCGUGGUUCUACCUCCACGUGACCUGCCAGAUCAUCGGCUACGGCGUCGGGGUCGCCGGCUGGGCCACCGGCAUCAACCUCGGCAACGAGUCCAACGGCGUCACCUACGGUCUCCACCGCAGCAUCGGCAUCGCCGUCUUCGCCCUCGCCACCGUACAAGCAUUCGCGCUGUUCGUGAGGCCGAGGAAGGAUCACAAGUACCGGGUGUACUGGAACGCGUACCACCACGCGGUGGGCUACGCCGUGAUCGUCCUGGGCAUCCUCAACAUCUUCAAGGGCAUGGCCAUCCUCGGCGUGGAGCAGCGGUGGAGGACCGCCUACGUCGCCGCCGUCUGGGUGCUCGGCGCGGUGGCGGUGACGCUGGAGGCGGUCACGUGGAGCGUCGUCAUCAGGCGGCGUGAGGCAGAGCAGCACGGCAAGACCUCCAAUGGCCAUGUCUCGCAUGGCGUGUAGAUCGCCAGUAGUUCUGAGAGUACAUAUUUAUACGUGCUUUUUUAUACGUACCGAUCGUCAUUCUUUUCGUCCAUUCUUGUGUUUGUAUUGGUUUUGGUGGAUCCUGUGCGCCUAAUGUAUUUUGAGUUGUACCGCAUGUGUGUACGUAGUACUGCAGUGUAGAGUUGUUGGCUCGCAAUCUCGCAUGGAUUAUAUAAUCUGAGCUGAUUUUUAUCA